CAGAUGAUAAGAAUGAUGAUAACAGUGGUUGUUUCUUAUGCUUUAUGCUGGUUUCCAAUACAUACAGUAACCAUAGCAGGCGACCAUGACCAGAGUAUUUACAACUACCCCCACAUGCCAGUAUUAUGGAUGUUAUUCCAAUGGCUCGCUAUGAGCAACAGUUGUUAUAAUCCCAUCAUCUAUAUCUGGAUGAGCCCAAAAUUUCGA